AUGAACUCAUCUACAAUAGAUUUUCAACCAUGGUUUAUUCCUCUGGAUAUUCUUGCAAUCAUAUGUAUUACUUUAGUCAUUAUACUUGCUGUUCUUUCUCUAUUAAUUAUCAUUUUGGAUAAAACAUGUCAUACAAAAUCUAUAAUAUUAAUUGCUCAUUCAUUUUUGAUUGCAUUUAUAGCUGGUUGUUGUAUACUUAAUUUACAUAUAUUUACAUUUGAAAAUGAUUUGAAACAAAUUUAUUAUCAAGAUUCAUUAUGUAUCUUUCGAGGUUAUACUACUUACGUAUCAUGUGCACUAUUCAAUUAUUCAUUUCUAAUACAAGCAAUAAGUAGAUAUAUGAUUGUGGUGUAUCCUAAUCUUUUAUUCUGGCAAUCAAUAAAAUGUUAUAUUUUACUUAUUUGUUUAACAUGGAUAUUUAGUUUCGUAUUUCCUUUCGCAUUUAUAUUUACUGGUGAAGUUAUCUACAAUAGUGAUAAUCAAAUAUGUCAAUUACCUUUUCAAUUGUCUUUCUCUAUAAUUUAUCUUGUACAUUGUGCGUAUAUGAUUCCAGUCUUGAUGAUUAUGUUUAUUUAUUUUAAAUUAGUUCGAUAUGUAAAAGAAAUGAGUAAACGUGUUACAUCCGCUAAUACUUUAGUUCGUGCUCAACGAGAAUUAAAAAUGGUUCAACAAACAGUUAUAAUUGUAAUGAUAUUAGUUAUACUUUGUUUUCCUUAUGCAUUAUUUAUCUUGAUAUCAUUUUUUACUACUCCACCAAAAUAUCAUUUUCGAAUUGCUUAUAUAUUUGCUGAUGUAGCAAUUGUAUGUGUGAUGAUUGCUUUAUUUUAUUUUACGAAGCCAUUGAAAGCUUCUAUGAUGAAAAGAAUAAAACAACGACCAAAUGUAGUCAUAAUACCAUUGGUAUAA